UUUCGUCUAGAUUUGAAACUGUAAUUUUUGUGUAACUGCACUAUUAUCAAAAUGGAUUCAAACCCAGAUGAUCAGUGGAAAUGCAUCCAGUGCUCACUGACGUUUAAAUACAGGACCCCAUUUGACCUUCAUUUUCUGAAUAAACACAAUCCAAAUGCCAUUAAAGUCCAAUGCGAGGCAUUGCGAGAUUUGUGGGAAAAUGUUGAAGAAUCCUGUCACCUUAGCUGCCCACGUGUCACAUAUGCACACCAACCGGAUCCGACUUUCUUGCAAUAUUUGCAAUGACACGUUUUCGAACCGAGGUCAUCUACAGAGACAUAUGGACACCGUGCACCCCACGAAGGAACAGCCUCGUUUCCCGUGUGGAUUUCCUGGUUGUGAAAAAUCCUUCAAUAGAAAGGAUGGUGUUUCGAAGCACGUAAAGAGUACACACAUGCAAAAGGUUGGCCGAGAAACCUUCAAAUGCCAACUUUGUCCGCAGACAAGAACCAGUAGAGAACGCCUUCAGAACCACAUCCGACGUGUGCAUGAAAACCAGAGGAAUUAUCCGUGCACAUUUUGUGACAAGAGAUUCUCCAACUCAUACCAUUUGAAGCGUCACGUGGAGGUGAUACAUGCCACGAACAAAGAGCCGAUCCAUUCCUGCGACAAAUGCGGGUACAAGAGUCACUCGAAACACUAUUUGACCAUGCACGCAAGACGGCACAAUGCAGGGAGGCACGGAAGUUAAUUUUGUUGGAAGAAAUUCAUCACUUUU